AUGCCAGCCCGUACCGGACAGGAGUACAUUACCGGACUCAAAGAACGUCCCCGGGAGGUAUGGCUGAACGGUGAGCGGGUCAAAGACGUUACCGAACACCCGGGGCUUCGCAACGGCGUGCGGUCGGUGGCGGCCCUGUACGACAUGCAGCACGACCCAUCGCUGCGGGAGGAGAUGACCUUCGCGUCGCCGACGACCGGCGAGCCGGUGGGGCUGUCCUUCCUGAUCCCCAAGACGAUAGACGACCUGGUGCGACGGCGCGAGAUGAUGACGCGGUGGGCCUGGGCCAGCUGCGGGAUGAUGGGCCGAUCGCCUGACUUCAUGAACGCGAUUUUCUCAGCCUGGGCCGGAUCGGCGGGCUUCUUUGCCCAAGACCGCCCCGAGUUCAAGCAGAACAUGCUGAACUACCACGAGUUCAUCCGCGAGAACGACGUCACCCUGACCCACGCGCUGGUGAACCUGCAGCGACGACGCCACCAAGGGCCGACGGACAUCCUGCACGACGACGUGGCCCUGACUGCGGUCAAGGAGACCGACGCGGGAAUCGUGGUCCGCGGCAGCCGCACCCUUGCAACGCUGGGGCCCAUCUCCGACGAGAUCGCGAUCUAUCCCGUGGCGAGCCACAGGCUGGAUGAGGAGGCGAAGCGGCAGACGUUUUCCUUCUCCAUCCCCUGCGACACGCCGGGGUGA